CCUUCCACUCAACACUUUUCGCUCGCAAUACUUGCACACAAUAAGCUGCCCCGCGCUGCAUCGUGCCCUCCAGUCUCUCGCUUCAUUCAUAGCGCUAUAUAUUCGCAUCCCUCCCCGCUCUUUGUGCCGCCUCGUCGUCUGAACGCUCGGGUCGCAGCAUGGCGGGCAUUACGAACAACGUCCGAACGCGCGACCUUAAUGGCGGCAUAUCUCUCAACGGCGGCGAUGCCGACCGUCCAUCUCACUCGUCAUUGGGCUGGGGUGGCAGCAUCUGGAACAACGGCAGUGGUGUGCCAGGCCUAAGGGACAGCUCGCGUCCUCGAGAGAACAGCACUUUCGCCGAUUCCAUUGAAGGCAAGACUGGCUCCGGGUCCCUUGUCGCAUCCUCCGAGUCCGAUGGUUGGCACCAUGGCCGCAGUGUGUGGGGAGACAACACCUCCAACAUCUCACGCGUCCGCUCCGGAGUGUCGCCCCCCGCUAGGAAGCGGUCCCUCGCACACCCUGAUUCCACACAGCCGUACGCCGACAAGGCUGCCUCCCUGUUCCCCACCUCGCGACCCGGCGCGGUCGGCCUCGGUACUAAAACCACCAAACCGUUACUGGACCCGACCUCCAUGAACUUUACGUCUUCUCGCAGGAUCGAUCCUCUAACUACCGCCAACUUCUCCUCGUUUGGUUUCAACCAGGGCGACGCACCAUUACGCUCGGAAGCUUCUCUAGGGUCGUGGCAUGAUGCAGCAUCGGUGCAUUCGCCCACUGACGACAGGCGUAGCGUUGCCAAUUCCGAAUAUCUGGGCCCCUCCAGUGCCACCCCAUCAAGAAGUGGCAGCCUGCCCCCUUCCAGGCAUGGUAACGAACCAUUUCAAUUCGGCCAGAACGUCGACACGUACGCACGUUACGCACAGUCAGGUCAACGCCAAGCCUCGUCCUUUUCCGUUGCAAACAACCGAGCUUUCCAAGAACGGAGCGGCUCGAUACAGAGCGAGUCAUUGAACCUGAGCCACCUCAGCCUGGAAAAUGAUGCUGUUUCUGGAGCAAUGUCCCACAGGCCAUCUAUGAGCACCAACGCAUUCCCAUUGAACUCGGUGAAUGAGACUCCGCUUACACGCGACUCAUAUGACGCUCAGGCGUUUGAGAGGUCCAAUGGCUACGGACAAUCCGGGACCUACACUCCCGAUAGCUACACUAACGGCAACAGCCACCUCGGGGGGCCCAACUCUCUCUUUAGGCCCGUUCAAUUCGACAGCCACAGCGCGCCCAAUGGCACUGGCGUGCACCAGAGCCCGCUUCAUACGCACUCUCACACGCCUCCAGUAUUCGAUCACCUCUACCCUUCUCGCUCAGACCAUCCUUUCUCGCUGAACAGCAAUAACAUUGCUCUCGUGAAUCAGAGACUGGCAGGGCAUAAGAUGCAACAACAAGAUAACCGUCGCAGCCAUCCUUACCAGAACCAGCAGAUACACCCGCAGCAAUUGCAGCAACUCAUUGCGGCCAAUCAGCUGCAGGCUAACCAUUUGCGAGGUUCUUAUCCUUAUAACCCGCUGCCAAUGUCCAGUGCUCUUUCCAUGACCAGCAACAUGCAUUCCCUUCCAUCCCCCCUCCACGGUGUCAUACCCAUCGAAGCACCCAGAGCUCCAAGAGACCACAGCAACCCACCUGAUCUGGCAACAAUGAGCUCUUGCCUCUACAACUUCAAAAACGCCAGCAAGAUCAACAAAAAGUUCGAACUCAAGGACAUCUACGGCAACGUGGUCGAAUUCAGUGGUGACCAACAUGGGUCCCGGUUCAUCCAGCAGAAGCUCGAGAGCGCCAACAGUGACGAAAAGGAAAAAAUAUUCCGCGAGAUCCAAGAAAACUGCCUGCAACUGAUGCAAGAUGUAUUUGGCAACUACGUGAUUCAAAAGUUUUUUGAGCACGGUGACCAAACACAGAAAAAGUUUUUGGCCAACCGUAUGAUGGGCAACAUACUGCAUCUUUCCAACGGCAUGUAUGGAUGUAGAGUCGUCCAAAAAGCGUUGGAGUACGUUCUCGUCGAGCAACAAGCGGCCAUGGUCAAAGAGCUCGAAAAGGAUGUGCUCAGAUGCGUGAGGGAUUGCAACGGUAACCAUGUUAUCCAAAAGGUCAUCGACAAGGUACCGCUGGAGUAUAUUAGAAAAAUCAUCGAUGCCUUCCGCGGCCAGGUUGGAACUCUGUCGGUCAAUACCUAUGGCUGCCGGGUUAUCCAGCGGCUAUUGGAAAAAGUUCCAGAACCGGAUCGAAGGUUCAUUCUUACCGAGCUUCACGCCGAAGGUUCCAAGCUUAUUACCGACCAGUACGGCAACUACGUCUGCCAGCACAUUAUCGAGCACGGGACACCAGAAGACCGUGCCAAGGCCAUUGGGCUUGUCAACCAAGGAUUGCUCACCUUUUCCAAGCACAAAUUCGCGAGCAACGUCGUGGAAAAGUGCCUCAAGUUUGGCAACAACGAGCAGCGUCGCAACAUUAUGCUCAAGCUUACGGACAAGAACGAGCGUGGCGACAACAACCUGCAGACGCUGAUCAAGGACCCGUAUGGCAACUACGUAAUCCAGAAAUGCCUGGAAACUGUCAACCGUAGGGACUACCAAGAGUUCGUUGCAGUCCUGAAGCCCGAGCUAGACAAGGCCAAAAAGGUCAUGUCCGGCAAACAAAUUGUCUCGGUGGAAAAGAAAAUGCACCGCACCGACUUCGACGAUGGCCUUGAUGACAUCACGCCAAAGCCGCAAGCGGCUCCUUCCGACAUCUCGACCGACGCUCCGCCCACUCCUCCGCUGACGAGCGAAGCACAAAGCCCCCAGAGCAGCUCGCUUCCGAGUGCCAACGUUUCCACGGUCGACGAGCCUGUACACACUUCUCUUCCAAAUAAGAACUUCUCUGCUCCCAUUAACGGCAUCACCAUUGAGGCGGCCGAUAACGCUUCGUAGUAUAUAUAUCUUUCACGGCACUUACGGCCCGGCCUGGCUGAUUCUUUCUGUUACCGGUUGAUUUCAACAUGCAUGCGUUAUGGGAGAGCCGCGGGCGUUCCGGCUGGGCGGCAUUCAGCAUGUUAUAUACCAUC